CGUUGCCAUGGCACCGCGACGCUGAGGCCGGGCCGCGAUGGCGGCCGAGGGGCCGGAGCCGGGCCCGGACGCGUCCCUGGUGUCCCUGUACCGCUGGCUGGACACGGUGCCGCUGUCGCGGCCGCGCAGGAACAUCGCCCGCGACUUCAGCGACGGGGUGCUGGCGGCCGAGGUGGUGAAGUUCUUCUUCCCCUCCCUGGUGGAGCUGCACAGCUUUGUCCCCACCAGCUCCACGGCGCAGAAAGCCGCCAACUGGGGCCACCUCAACAGGAAAGUGCUGAGCAAGCUGAACCUGCGGCUCCCCGAGGAGAUGAUCCAGGCGCUGGCGCGGAGCCGGCCGGGAACGGCCGAGCAGCUCCUGCAGCUCCUGCGGGACAAAAUCCUCCAGAGGCAGAGCAACAGCAAGGGACGGGGCGGGAAGCCUCCAGCAGAGCCAGCAGCACUGGACGAGGGCGGGUACCUGGACACAGGCCAGCCCAAUGUCCGGAGCGAUUUGGGAAGGGGCUGCAUCCAGGAUGGCUCUGCCAGGGUGGUGACAGUGCCAGGGCAGCCCGGGGCUGGCCCUGGGGACAUGCGACAGCAGCUGGCGGAGCGCGAGCAGGCGCUGGCGCUGGCGCGGGACACGAUCCAGAUCCUGCAGGCCAAGGUGGGGCGGCUGGAGCAGCUCCUGCUCCUCAAGAAUCUCCGCAUCGACGACCUGAGCCGGCGGCUGCAGCAGCUGCAGGGCCACCGCCGCUGACGGGGACAGCGACAGCGCGGGGACAGCGCGGGGACAGCGCGGGGACAGCGCGGGGACAGCCCGGGGACAGCCCGGUGGCUCCUGGUGGCUCCGAGCCCGGCGCGGCUGCGGCGCUCGGGAUUAAAGAGUUGGAUGUUGGUGGC